UCGAUGUACGUCAUCACGCAGCGCGCGUCCCCUAAGAAGCAUUUGUUUCGGUUUGUUUUCAUGGUGGAGCGUGGAUGACAGCAGGCAGUUUCUGAAAUUAUUCAGAUUUUGUGCACAAUAAGGUUCAAACUGUGGAGAGGCGAAGGCACGGGGACUGAAAAAAUGUCUGACACCGUCAUCAAAUCGAGACAAGCACGGAAAGAAGUUAAUGGAAUCUCGACAGAAGUCGUGUGUACAGAGUUCAGUAAUUACAUAUUCAUAGUUCUCACUCAGUACGGCAAAGUUGGGACACUGAUAUCCGUCACACCUGACUCCAGAUCUAAUGACAUCAGCACCCCGACGUUCUCCACUAAAGUACUGCUGGGCAAAGACGAGCCACUGACACACGUCUGUGCCAAAAACCUGGCGAUGUUCGUGUCUCAAGAAGCUGGCAACAGGCCCGUCUUACUGGGACUCGCGCUAAAGGAUUCUUCAUUAGAUUCAAUAAAACAAAUCAAAGAGAUCGUCAGAAGUUGUAAAGUCUGGUAGGAGGUCAGGGAAAUGGACACGAAGCCCUCGGUGACACGGUUUUCCUCUGUGUGUUUUUAUACUGAAAGUCUUUCCUAAAAAUAAUUCAAGACAGAAAUACAUAAAUUCAUUUCUUGUUACUUCAGACAGUUCAAAUAUGUUCACAGAACCGUAAUUCGGUGUAUCUGCCUGUAAAGAAGGCUUUUUUUGCAUGCCAGUGUGCUCUCAAAUGCUGAAGAAUGUGUGCUGAGUUACAAUUCACUAAAUUAUGUCCUCCAGUUCCUGUUCCUGUAUCACUGUAUGUAUUGACCUUUAAUUUCUGUCUUCUGUUCAUUAUUUUUAUAUUUUAGAAUUCAAAUAUUCAAGCCUACUUUGUGAAAAUGUAGAAAUAAAAUUCAUAACAUAGCCU